CACACACACACGGAGUCAAAACAACAGUCAGCCGUCCUGCUCGGCUCGGCUCGGCAUUGCCUCCGUGUCGGGUGACCCGGGGCUCGAUUGGCAUAUGUUCCCUUUGGCCGCACGGAAUCAUGAGGCGCUCGUCGUGAACUUGGAGACGGCUCGGAAAUAAUCGAAAGUUGCCCGGGGGGGUGGGGAUAAAUAGGAAGUUGAGUCGAUUUUGUGCUGGAGUGAAGACCCAGUGGAGGUGCGGUAAUGGACUGUUAAAUAUGCACUCAGAAUGUAGUGACUAUUCAACCCUUGGGGGUCUGAACGGAAUGUCUGUGGAUGAGAAGCCGGAGUCGCCAAUGUAUGUAUAUGAGUCAACAGUUCAUUGUGCAAAUAUCCUCCUGUGCCUCAACGACCAGCGUAAGCAGGAUAUCCUCUGCGAUGUGACCGUGCUGGUGGAGAGGAAGGAGUUCCGAGCCCAUCGAGCUGUGCUGGCCGCCUGCAGCGAGUACUUUUUAAAGACUUUGAUUGGGCAAGCAGAACAUGAACUGGUCAUCACCCUGCCAGAGGAGGUCACCGCCAGAGGAUUUAGCCCAUUGUUGCAGUUUGCCUACACUGCUAAGCUAUUACUCAGCAGAGACAACAUCCAAGAGGUCAUGUACUGUGCUGAGGUUCUGCGCAUGCACAACCUGGAGGACUCCUGCUUUCGCUUCCUGGAGGCCCAGCUCUUUAAUGAGAAGGAUGGUUUCUUUCUCUACACCAAAAUGUCAACUUGCCAACGAUCAAAUGCACAGGGAGAUGGGAAUUCUGAGGACGAGGAGGAAGAGGAGAUGCAAUCUGAGACUCACAAGAUUACCUGCUCAAGAGAACGAAUAUGCACAGAGACCCUUGAUUUUGACACCUCUAGCAGGCUGUCUGAGAAAGAGCCAGCUGUUAUAUCCAUCCCUGUUGCAUCAAACGAUGUGGAGGAGGAGAUUGACAGGGAUGUGAUCGAUAUGGGUCGUUGCCCAAAAUACAGGAAAUACCAGCUUGCUUGCACCAAGCAUAUCAAUAGCAUACCACAUACCAGUACCUCAGGUUUUCCAAGCACAUUUAAAGACCAGUCAGUCAAUGCCCAAAGCAAGGCACAGAUAAAAUCUGAACCCCACCCACUGGAAAUUGAAGGAGAAAAGCCUAUUGUCCUGUCUGGAAGUGGCACAGACACCAAGAAGCAGGGGCUUGCAGAUAUGGAAAUAGAUGUAAAGCAAUUGAGUCCAAUGUGUGUUGGUCGGCCUAAAAGCAGAUCGCCUCCUUGCUCAAGGUUCACUAGAAAGAAAGAUGUAGAUUCUGUUGGGAGCGGAAGCUCACUGCAGCAAUCUUUUGACACCAGAACAUCUUGUUCCCUGGAAAAAGGAAUAACUCAGGGUGACCUCAAAAUGGAAUACAGGCCUUACAGUGAAAACUAUGGACUGUCCUGCACACCUCAGAAAGAGAACAGUGGCUUUGCUGUUGGAUCUCCUUUGACAGCACCAUCUUGUGAAGUUAUUUGCAAACAGGAAUUGGAAUCGGACAGAAAAAGUGUCAUCUUCUCUUCCGGUACCUUGGACAGGACGACUGCUCCUGCUUCACAUUCAUAUCCUGGUGGGAGCUCGCUAGAGAAAGAACUUACUGAGCGAGUGUCAAAGGGUUUGUGGAGUGGUACGAGCCAGUCACUUCCAUGUUCACAGACUUGUGCUCCUGCUGGACUUUCUAUGGAGCCAUUAUCACCAUUUCAGUGUCGAAUUCGGCCUAACUGUAAUACCAGCUGCCCAGUGCCAAUUAAAGUGUGCCCCAGGUCUCCUCCUGAAACUAGGACCCGAACCUCCAGCUCCUGUUCUUCCUACUCCUUUCCUGAAGAUGGAAGCGGUGGUUCUCCUUGCAGUCUGCCCCAAUUUGAGUUGUCCACUUCCCCCUGUUCGCAAGGAACGCGCUUCCUGUCUGGAGAGCAGCAAGAGCUGGGCGUGAUGGCAAACGCAAUGUACAGACCGUGUAAACCUCCAUUGAAGUGUGAACAGUCCUAUGUCACUAACUCCAGCGAUGAAUCUGGAUCUUUUUCAGAAGGGGACAGUGAGUCCUGCUCAGCCCGAGAGAGAGGAAAUGAGGUCAAGCUCCCCUUUCCAAUAGAUCAAAUCACAGAUCUUCCAAGAAAUGAUUUCCAAAUGAUGAUCAAAAUGCACAAGUUAACCUCAGAGCAGCUAGAGUUCAUCCACGAUAUCCGGCGUCGCAGUAAGAAUAGGAUUGCAGCCCAGCGUUGCCGCAAGAGAAAACUGGACUGCAUUCAGAACUUGGAGUUUGAAAUUCGCAAGUUGUUGUGUGAAAAGGAAAAGUUAUUGACAGAACGCAAUCAGCUGAAGGCUUGUAUGGGAGAACUAUGGGACAAUUUCUCGUGUCUUUGCCAAGAAGUCUGCGGUGACGUCCAACUCAGCUCAGAGCAGAUCCAGUCCCUGCACAGGUACUGCCCAGCCCUCAGGCCUCUUGAUCAGGCAGCGACCGCUGGCAGCGACACCUCACCCUCGGCCGAAUUUGAACAAAAGCCGUUGAAGGCACUGUGUGUGGGGGAAGGGGUGCUGUGCUGCUCAGAGCAGGAAGAUUCCCACCUCGGAGCUCAGUGGUCACCAAGCCACAGUGCAGAGGGGUGCACGUCGGAAAAAGCCCAGGGACUGCUCGACCAAGGAACUUGUUCUGAAAGGAAGCCCUCCUUGGAACAGUGCAGUCAAACAGUGACAGUGGAUUUCUGCCAGGAAAUGACUGAUAAAUGUACGACUGACGAACAGCCAAGGAAAGACUGCAACCAGUGAUCGAGUAGCCUUUAUUUGUUUUUGUUUGGUUUUCCUUAAAGCAAGCAGGAGGUUCACGCGGUCAAGGUGCAGGCAACUUACAAUUGUUGAUGUCUUUCUCUUUAAUGCACACUACAACAGUCUUAAACUGCAGCAAUACUCUGUACAGGUAUUACUCCUACGGCGGCUGAGGGUUACCCUCACAAUGGUGCUAGAUCCUGCUUAUGCAGGGAACAUGACAGUGGUAACACUGUUGUUUUACUAUGAUUAUUAAUGUUAUUGUUGUUAUGAUUUUGGCCUUCAUUCUCAACAGGGAUGGUCAGGCAGCCUCUCAUUUUACCUUGAAGGACCUAAUAGCGUGCAAACGGUUUUUCAGCAAGCUUGGUGGCCCAUGUCACACACCAACUCAGGAAAUCCACUGAAUGUUCAGCGUAACACAGUACACAUCAAGAACUCUUCAUCUAAGAUCUGUACUAUAAGCAGACUCCUGCAUCCUGUAUUUUUAUCAUUAGUAUACUGGAAAUCAUCAUCUGUAUUGUACAGAGAACCUGGUUACAACAUUCCCAUUGCCUUCUGCAGAACAUUACAGGAACUUUGUUAAGAAUUUAGACGGUUAGAUUUUCACACUUGAGCAAUAUCACCUUCUUUGUACUUCUUUGUAAAAAAAAAAGAAUAAUUUGAAGUCUAUUUGAUGUAAAUUAAAUUUAUAGAGAUCUCCGGCACUGCUUUAAAGGUGCCUUUGAACAGGGAAGAUUUGUUAUUAUUGUCAACAAAAAAAGAGUGACGGUCAAAACUGCCACUUGCACUGUGUCUAUCCCGGGGGAUUAUUUUUUUGCUUUACUGCAUGGUGCACAGCGCACUAAAUGUUUAAAAAAAAGAAAGUUAUCCUAAGAGCGAAGGUCAGUUUCAUCUGAGCCUCCCUCGCCAAACUAUGAUAGCUAAUUGUUGCUGUAACGAUGGUUAUGAAAGGGAUUGGUGUAGAAUGGCCAAUACCAAAUUUUAUAAAUUCUGCUUGUGAUAUUCAGUGUCCACCGUUGGCAACUCUGAUUAUAAAAGAAUAGAUUUAUGUUCAACAAACAACCCAGCCUCUUCAGGAAGGGGUUCAAAUGCUAAAGUUGGUGGUUGCAACUGCAUGGGCCUCGGAAUCGAUAUGACUGUAUGUAUAAAUUGUUUUCCAGAUAGUUAUAAUUUUGUAUUUUAUUUAUUUGUA